UCCCUCCGCGGCUCCCGCCGGUGCACCUGCCUUGGGCUCCCGAGGCUCCUCUAGGCUCGUCCCCUCUUCCUGCCGCUGCCUGCCGGUGCCCCCCUGCGACCCCGCCUUCGGCUGCUGGGGCUCUCGGCCUUUGGGCACCCGGCCCUGCGGUCGCAGUUCUUUGAACUCUGGAAGCAGGCGUUUGCUUGUCCGGAGAGAAGGCUUUGUUCUGGCUGGGCUCAGGGUCUGUGAGGCCUGAAGCUCAGCCCUUUUGAGGGAUGGGGAGGAAAGAUUUCAAAAGUUCGAGUGCAAAACAGCCAGGCCUGGAAGAAGGGACCCUUGGGUGCCUCUGCCUCGGGGGUCUGCGAGCCGGGCCUUGAGCGGCCCGAGUAUGGGCUCCUCUGUCCGCCAGGCUUUCGUCGCGAGAUGAGCAAGCCGGCUGAAAGCCGGUUCCUUCUGUGGCCCAGAGCCCCAUCCUGCGCUGUCUGUGCAGGCCGGUGGUGUGGGACGUAGUGGCGUUUGCGUGGGGUACGCCACCUUGGCUGGCAGCGACGUUAGGUGUCUCCAGGGAUUCGCUAGCCGCUUGCAGAAAUGCCUCCUUGUGCUUACUGUGUGUUCUGGAAGAUUGGUUUGCGCAAUGCUAUCCGGCCUAAAGGGUAUUAUGAAAAGUAAUUUUUAAUUAUUUUUAAGAGUUGCAGAUAAAUUCUGGGUACUCGAAAACAGGCGAAAAGACUGUCCAGGAUUUAAUAAAAUUCUGUUAUUUGGAGGCUUAAGCCUGUUCUCCCUCCCUUCCUGUACCUCUUCGGUAUGUCCAAAGAUUACUAUCCAACAGCUCCGUUUGAAUGAAUAUCAUUGUAAGGGCCACAGAGCUAUUAUCUAAAAAUACAUGAGGGUCUACCUAACACUUCUAGCAAUCCAACAUUUCAGCACUCUAAUUUAUGUCUAAAAUGUAUUAAAGGCUACAGAAAAUCCACAAAAAACAAACAAUACCUUCUGUAAAAGCAAGCCAAGACAUUAGUAAGUAACUGGGGUAUCGAUGAUGAAACUGAACGAAAUGUGGCAGGACUCCCAUUUCAGGCAUGUGGUCUCUGCUCCUGGCUUCAACGGAAGCUGCCUACGAGACCGUUGUCCCUUUAUUUGUGUGUAAUGUGGUUUUAAUUCAGUGUUGUAUAAAGUUACGUAUCCAGUUGUUUUUCUAUAGUUUGUGAAUGUAUUAACACUUGGUUUUGUAAACAGGGCAGGAAAGAAAAUAAAUGCUUAGUGACCUGUUAACAGAUUCCAGACAACACUUCUCUGUUGCCAAACUCCAAAUGGUGGACUUGUGAAAGAAUUCCCUUUGGACCAGGUCCAUUGUGGGUAGUAUCCAAGGCAAAUGUUUGUGCUUAAAUUGCAUGGUUUCCUACUUGGCUAUAUGCUUCACUCAUAAUUGGCCCAUUGCUACUGGCAAAUCACUAUCAACAAUGUUUCUCAUCAAGGACAUUGGUAGUAUUUUAAAAUUAUUUUUCUGUGUGUAUUUUAAUGCUAUAAACAGCCAGUGCAAAUUAGGCUUGCUCUCAGUAUAUCGUUUUACAUCGUUGAUCUAUAAUUCAUUACCUGAGCACACGAGGGGAGGCAGUGUUGUGAAUUGUACACUGGGAAACUACCUGGGGAAACCAUGCUUUGUACUUUUAACGUGUAUAAUUCUAUUUAAGAUCAAGCAAGGUUUAGUUUGUGCCUGAUUGUCUUCUUUGAAAAUGGAUUUGUUAUCCAGGGUUUGCAGCUGAUGAUGCUUUGGCUUUAAUAUGUUUGCUGCUGCCACCAAGAGCUUUGUCAAGCAAGUUGGAGAUGGAGGGAGAUUAGUGCCGGUUCCCAGCCUCAGUGAAGCUGACAAAUACCAGCCUUUAAGUCUGGUGGUGAAAAAGAAGAGAUGCGUUCUGCUUCCGAGAUAUAAAUUUACUUCAACACCGUUUACACUGAAAGAUAUUCUUCUAGGAGACAGAGAAAUUUCAGCUGGCAUUUCAUCUUAUCAGUUACUGAAUUAUGAAGAUGAGUCAGAUCUUUCUCUCUAUGGAAGGCGAGGGAACCAUAUUGUAAACGACGUUGGGAUUAAUGUUGCUGGGUCAGAUUCCAUUGCUGUAAAAGCUUCAUUUGGUGUAGUAACCAAACAUGAAGUAGAAGUAUCAACAUUACUCAAGGAAAUUACUACACGAAAAAUUAAUUUUGAUCACAGUUUGAUCCGUCAGUCAAGGAGCAACAGAAAGGCGGUAUUGUGUGUGGUUAUGGAAAGCAUUCGAACCACGCGACAGUGCUCUCUGUCAGUGCAUGCUGGAAUUCGAGGGGAAGCAAUGCGGUUUCACUUUAUGGAUGAACAGAAUCCCAAGGGAAGGGAAAAAGCUAUUGUGUUUCCAGCACAUACAACUAUAGCUUUCAGUGUUUCUGAGCUCUUUAUUUACCUGGAUGGUGCCUUUGACCUUUGUGUCACUUCAGUGUCAAAAGGAGGAUUUGAAAGAGAAGAAACAGCCACGUUUGCACUGCUCUACAGAUUGAGAAAUAUACUGUUUGAAAGAAACAGAAGAGUGAUGGAUGCCAUUUCUCGUUCACAGCUUUACUUGGAUGACCUUUUUUCUGACUACUAUGACAAACCUCUCAGCAUGACUGAUAUUUCACUCAAAGAAGGAACUCAUAUCCGAGUUAACUUGCUUAAUCACAACAUUCCAAAAGGGCCUUGCAUACUCUGCGGAAUGGGGAACUUAAAAAGGGAGACGGUUUAUGGGUGCUUUCAGUGUUCUGUUGAUGGGCAGAAGUAUGUGAGACUUCAUGCAGUCCCUUGUUUUGAUAUUUGGCAUAAGAGAAUGAAAUAAAAUGAA